AUGAAAACUAAGGCCCCCUCACUCCGUCUUCUGCUCACGAAUGCAUUCAGCAUUUACAACAAAGUGGAUGAGCUUCAGCAUACUCUGAAAAGCCUGCAUGUAGACAUCGCUGUCGUCACCGAGACCAAACUAUCGCCCGACAAGGCUUCAGUUGCGGAGGUCUCAAUCCCUGGCUAUUACCCCCCAAUACGUCGAGACCGGACAGCGCAAGGCGGCGGAGUCGCCAUAUGGCUGAAAGAAGGGAUGGCGUACAAACAACUGGACAUCAACUCUGAGUGUGAAACUCUUUGGAUUAGUGUUGCUGCACCGUCAGGCAUGAAAUUUGGCAUCUGUGCUGCCUAUAGACCUGGGACGAGUGCAGACAGCGACUGCAGUAUCUUCACCCAGCUGGAAUCUGACAUCGACAAAGCCCGGCAGUCCUGCUCACACAUUAUUGUGGCAGGGGACUUCAAUGCCCACAACCGGGAAUGGCUUGGAAGUCCACGCACCUCGGCUGCUGGAGAAGCUGCAGACGACAUGUGCUGUGUACAUGGUCUCCGACAACACGUCACCUCAGCCACUCGUGGAGAAAACAUCCUUGACCUCGUCAUGUCAGAUGUGCCUGGAACUGUGUCUACCACCACCCAACCACCUCUUGGCAGAUCAGACCAUGCUGUUGUCAUAGCCGACUUCCAGCUUACUGCAUCUGUAGACCAACCCACCACUCGUACAGUAUGGCGAUACCAGCGGGCUGACUGGCCCCGCCUCUCUGCCUUCCUCCGGACUACUGACUGGGACACAAUAAUCGGCGACGACCCUAACAUAUCAUGUGAGCUUCUGACCAUGCGAAUCACUGAGGGAAUGCAACACUUUAUACCAUCCAAGGUCUUCAAGACCAGACUGCAGGACCCAAUCUGGUGGACGCCAGAAUGCUCUGCAGCAGUUGACAGAAAGCGCAAUGCCUGGCGGAAAUUCCGCGAUGACCCCAGAAAUGGAGCGCUCCAGUGUACGUACAAGCUAGCAUCCCUUGACUCAACAAGAUGUCUAGCAAGAGCCAAAGCCAGACAUCUCGACCAUGUCAAGCAACGGCUCCGGACGGGCAGCCUGCAGGACAGAGAGUGA